UGUAUUUAAAAUUUAGAGAAUUUUAAAGGGAUUUGUUGUUUCGGAAGAAAUCUUGAGCAAUUGUUCUUCGUUCUUCCCAAAUCGGGAACGGAACCUCUUCUGCUUUCUUCUUCGAGUUCUUCCCGCACGGAAAACCUAGCUUUCAGCGAGUAAGAGACGUUGUUGCAGAGAUGUCUGACGAAGGAAGAGUACACCCUGAUUGUAGAAAUGCUUCUAAUCCUUAUCAUGAAUGUAGCGAGUACUGCUUUAAAAUAAUAGCAGAAGUCAAAGCCCUGAAUCAGAAAAAUGAGCCAGUUGCCACUUCAUCAGAAGCUGUUCAAGCUGGUCGAAGUAGUGCUCCUUUCAAUUUUGCGCCUCCUGACGAGUAUGAAGAUCUUCAUGAUGAAAAGCCUGAAGAAGAAGGGCAUAGUGAUGGUGAUACUGACAAAUUGAGUGGUGGGGAGAAUGUGGAAGGAGACUUCACAAAACUUACAGGGAGGAAAAAGAAAUUGUUUGAACUCAGGCUUAAGAUGAAUGAGGCACGAAAAGCUAAUCAGACAGCAAUAGCUGCUGAAAAAAAGAAAAUGGAACCUCCAACAGAAUCAAGAGGCAUUUCUAAACAAAAGUGGCUUGAGGAUCGGAAGAAGAAAAUCGGGAAGCUUUUGGAUGCGAAUGGCUUGGAUAUGACAAAAGCAUACAUGUUAGAUACACAAGAGGCAGCAGAGUCCAAAUAUAAGAAAUGGGAGAAGGAUCCAGCUCCCUAUGGAUGGGAUGUUUUUAACCAGAAAACGUUGUAUGAUGCAUACAAAAAGCGGACGAAGAAUGUCAAUGUUGACAUUGAGGAAUAUAAUAAAAUGAAAGAAUCUGAUCCUGAGUUCUACCGUGAGGCUUCAAGUCUUCAAUAUGGAAAGGCACCUAAGAUUUCAGAGGAUAAGAUUGACAAUAUGGUGAAAGAACUCAAGGACCGGGAGGAGAAGCGAAAGUCGUUUAGCCGUAGGAGGAAGUUCCACGAAGACAAGGAUAUCGAUUCUAUCAAUGAUCGUAAUGAACAUUUCAACAAAAAGAUCGAGCGGGCCUUUGGUAGAUAUACUCUGGAGAUCAAAAACAAUCUUGAGCGAGGAACUGCAUUGCCUGAUUAAGGAUUUUGGAAUCCAAGUAGUUGGGAGUAUUUUAAAGCCAGCAGAUUUGUACGCAAAGCUAUAGAAAGUGAUUGUAAGUGAUUUUGUUUUUAAUAUGACUAUGAAUUCAUAUUAGAAAAAAAUUCUCUCCUAUUUUAUUUUGGUUU